UCUAUGUUGCAGAAUCCAUUUGAAUUAACCAACCUUUAUUCAUUUUGCCAGAUCUAAUAACCAUGCUAAAUUCCAUUUUUUCCAAUAAUACUUCCCAUCAAUUUGGAAAAUUAUAGGCUAACGUCCUCUCCCAACCCGACACCCUCAAGGAUUCUCAUUUCUACAACCCCCAACUACAGUUUCCUCUCUCAUUCUCUGAAUCAACAUGAGACCCUAGCUCGCCAACCCUUGUUGCGACAUCGAUUUGUGGUCGAGUUGGGCUCUUCAUCGGAUUCUGAGUGAUUGUGGUCCAGUUGAGUUCUUCGAGCGUUGGGUUUAGGCUUCUUCAAACCCUAGCAACACUGUUCUCGAUUGGGUUUUGAGCUGUGAUUGUUGGGCGAUUCGAGAUCCUAACUCAGAUAUUAGAGUCUAUCCGAGCGUUGUUUCUUCAACUCUGUGGAUUCAGUUUUAACCCCAGCACCAUAAAUCUGUUUCCAGUUGAUCUGCCUAUGGAAGCGGUCUCUGGAUUUCAUUUAAAUGUUUUAAACAUUUCAAUCCAAUUAUGCAAUUUCCCUUUUCUUGCCUGGCUCAAUCAGUCUUUCUGUCUGUGCUAUUCAUGUAAGUAGAUACAAGAAAGGGAAAAAUGAGUCAUCGACCGACCACCCGCAGCAAAAGUAAAAGAACUAGACUAGAUGACAGUGCUGAAACCACAUCCCAAACAUUGAGGAAAAUUCAUUCAACUGGUCAAGUGGCCAAAGAUGAUGUAAAUCAGCUGUUUAUGAUUUGGAAGCCAGUUUGUCAAGGUUGCCGUGUGAAUACAAAAGACAACCCAAAUUGCUUCUGUGGGUUGGUUCCACCUCCUAAUGGGAGUCGGAAAUCUGGUUUAUGGCAGAAGAUUUCUGACAUUGUUCAUUCUCUUGGCCCAGACCCAUGGAAGGAUCUUCGCACUUCCCCUCAUGAACCUGCAGGUCUUACAAAUCUGGGAGCUACAUGCUAUGCUAACAGCAUACUCCAAUGUUUGUACAUGAAUAGAUCCUUCCGUAAUGGUGUUUUCUUAGUUGAACGAGAUCUUUUGAAUCAACAGCCAGUGUUAUAUCAACUUACACGUCUUUUUGCACAGUUGCAUAGCAGUAAGAUGGCCUUUAUUGACUCAGCUCCAUUUAUUAAAACUCUGGAGUUAGAUAAUGGUGUUCAGCAAGACAGCCAUGAAUUUCUCACCCUGCUUCUCUCUUUGCUUGAGCGGUGUUUGAGCCAUUCUAAAGUUUCCAGAGCAAGAACUAUUGUUCAAGACCUUUUCCGUGGAAGCGUGUCACAUGUGACGAGAUGCUCAAAGUGUGGACAAGAUUCUGCAGCUUCUUCAAACAUGGAAGACUUCUAUGAGCUGGAGUUAAAUGUAAUGGGUUUAAAAAGUUUAGAUGAGAGUUUAGAUGAUUACCUUAGCAUGGAAGAGCUUAAUGGAGAGAAUCAAUAUUUUUGUGACUCAUGUAAAAUACGAGUUGAUGCCACCCGAUGCAUUAGGCUGCGCACGCUGCCCGAUGUCCUUAAUUUCCAGCUCAAGCGUUGUGUUUUCCUUCCGAAGACUACAACCAAAAAGAAAAUCACUUCUUCAUUUUGCUUCCCCGGUGAACUGCAUAUGGGACAAAGGCUGUCUGAAUCUUCUCAGUCAGAAUCAAUAUUUGACUUGUCUGCUGUGCUGAUUCACAAGGGAACCGCUGUGAACAGUGGCCACUACAUUGCACACAUCAAGGAUGAGAAUACAGGGCAGUGGUGGGAAUUUGAUGAUGAGCAUGUGUCGAAGUUAGGUUGUCACCCCCUUGGAGAAGGGUCUUCGAAUUCUGCUGCUAAAUCUGGUCGAAAUGAUUUGUCUUAUGGUGAGCCGAUGAAUGAGGCUGUGGAUGAAAGUCAAGUAAAUGUUGAUCAGCUACAGUCUUUGAAAUCUAAUAUUCUUAAUCAUGCAGAUACAUUUUCAUCAAGUGAUGCAUAUAUGCUGAUGUACAAUCGUAGGCGCAUGAAGACUGGUGGUGAAAAAACACAUACUGCAUAUGGUGCCAAUGACAUGGAAAUAGAAAGUAGUGCUGUUUCAUCAAGUGAAGAUAUUUCUCUUCCUGCACAUGUUUUUGAAGAGAUGAACGAAUUGAAUGCAUCAUAUCUCAAUGCCUGUCAAACAUACAAAUUAAAGAAAGAAAAAGAGUUGGAGCAUAUCACAGAGCGAAGACAGGAAGUGAGAUCUGUUCUUUCUGAAGCUUCUGUGCUAUCACUCGAGGAACCGUAUUUUUGGAUUUCCUCAGAUUGGCUCCGACAGUGGGCGGACAAUAUGAUUGCACCGGCUGUUGACAACACAUCUAUUCAAUGCUUGCAUGGAAAAGCUUCCAUAUCUAAGGUUGGCUCUAUGAAGCGGUUGUCUGCUAAAGCUUGGACAAUGUUAUACUCUAAGUAUGGUGGUGGCCCAACAUUGGCAAAUGAUGACUACUGCACCAGUUGCCUUAUUGAUGGAGCCCGCACCAUGGUAUCUGCUGAUAGCUAUAGAGACCGAAGAACAUUGAUGAAAGAACUUGCAGAGGUUGCGCUUGCAGGGAAUUGUCCAGAUGGAACGUUGUACUAUGUAUCUAGGCCUUGGUUGCAACAAUGGCUACGAAGAAAGAAUGUUGACUCUCCAUGUGAAGUGGAUGCAGGUCCGACAGCUUCAAUUAGGUGCCCCCAUGGGGAACUUAUGCCAGAGCAAGCUGCUGGUGCUAGGCGUUUGCUGAUCCCUGAGAGCCUUUGGCUUUUCAUCUAUGAAAGUUCCAAUGCAGUGAAACCUGAUGAUAUUUUGGGUUGUUCAACUUUUCCUUCAGAUUCAGAAUCAUGUGCUCUAUGCAGUGUGGAACUUACGGAAGCUGCCUGCUUGGAGGAUACCUUAAGAGAAGUAAAGGUCAAACAGCGCCAGAAUCAUGAGAAAUUAGCUCUUGGAAAAGGCAUUGCACUGUCCUCCAACUGCCGGUAUUAUCUUUUGCCAUCUUCAUGGUUGUCAAAAUGGAGAAGCUACAUCACCGCAAGUGGCAGGAAUGUUUCAUCAUCUGUUGAGCCUGAAACUUUGGAUGGUGUCAUUGAUACUUUGAAAUGCGAAAAGCAUUCGCGACUCCUGGAACGCCCCCUUGAGCUCACCUGCAGACGCGGUAUGAUUUUCCAGAAGGUGUCCGUGACAGAUGGAUUAACAAUUAUUACUGAGAAUGACUGGAAAUUCUUCUGCGAGGAGUGGGGAGGUACUAAGGAGAAUGGCAUAUGUGCUGAAAUUGAGUUUAAUACUAGUUCAACAAAUGACUUUGUUGGGUCUAGUGAAGAACUGUCAAUCCUUGAUGAACAUCUUAGGUCUCAUGAUGAAGCAAAUGACGAGACUGAGUCCAGACAGUUUGUGAUUAGGACGUUUCCAGAGAUAUGUGAGGAUUGCAUUGGAGAAAGAGAAAGUUGUGAGUUAAUGCGCAAACUUAGCUAUUGUAAUGAAGAUGUAUGUGUGUGUUUUGUACGUGGCAAGGAAGCUCCAAGAUCAAUUUUAGAAGCAUCUGGGACAAACUUUGAUCCAGAUCGGCGAAUUUCCAAGCGCUCUCGAAAGACAACUUUUGGGAACUCUGUAAAUUUGAAGGUUUCUGGGUCUACAACACUCUACCAAUUAAAAAUGAUGAUUUGGGAAUCUUUUGGGGUGGUUAAAGAAAAUCAGGUACUUCACAAAGGUUCCAGGAUAAUUGAUGGGGAAUCUGCCACUCUUGCUGACAUGAAUAUAUUUCCUGGAGAUACACUCUGGGUUACAGAUUCAGAAAUCCAUGAGUACCGAGAUAUUGCUGAUGAGCUUUCUGAGCAGAAGAUAGAGGUGCAGCCGGCGGAGGAAGGGUUUCGGGGAACACUUCUGACAUCAAAUGUCUCAUCCGUGGUGGUUUAAAAGCUUUUUCUUGUAACGUCAGCCCAUGUUAAUAUAUUGGGAGAGGAACAUAUAAAAGCUUCAAAAGCUGUUUUAUUUUUGGGGUUUUGAUCUUUUGUGUCCUUGCCCACCCCAACCCAGCUUGUUUACCCCUUUUUGUAAUCUUCUUUUAGAGGGUGGGAGACAAAAUUGAUUCUCUCUCUCUCUCUCUCUCUCUCUCUUUUAUACAACUUUAUAAAGAGAUGGUGGAAAUGCAAGCUCCGAGCGCAAAGCUCAUUUCUUCGUGAAAA